AUGCUCUCCGCCGCCGCCGCCGGCAUCGCCGCCUGGACGCUCGACGCCGGCGCGCGGCUCGCGGUCUCUGCGCCGGCUCGCCGCCACGGCGCUCAGUCCGCUCCCGCCUCCAUCCUCGACCUCCCGAGCGCUGAGGCGUGGUGCACCGCCCGCGGCGUCCAGCCGGCGCACCUCUCCACCGUCUACCGGCACCUCUUUCGCCGCGAGGGCGCGCUCCACGCCGCGCCGCUGCACGCGGCCGGACUUCCAAAGGAGGCCGCGGCGGGGCUGUGCGAGGCCUUCGUCGGCGUGACCAGCAGAGUGGUCGAGACGGUGCACAGCGUCGGAGGGCUGAAGCUCGUGGUAGAGCUCGCGUCUGGGCGGCGCGUCGAGACGGUGUUGAUCCUGCAUGACCACGUCUCGUCGGGCAAGCAGCGCUGCACGGUCUGUGUCAGCUCGCAGGUCGGAUGCAGUCGGGGCUGCACGUUUUGCGCGACGGGGACGAUGACGCGGGCGGCGCAACUUUCGAGCGCUGAGAUCCUGGAGCAGGUCUGGCACGCGCGGCAAGCCCUCAAGGAGGCGGGCUCGGCCGUCGCGAUCCGAAACGUCGUCUUUAUGGGGAUGGGCGAGCCGCUCGACAACCUGGACGAGGAGGUGCGGCAGGCGCUGAUCCCGAGCGCCGCGCCCUUUGCCGAACUGGACGAGGCGCUCGACUACCACAUUGCAACCCUUCACAUGCACAUGAGUAAUGUGAUGUCAUACUGA